AUGCUCGUCCCAUUUUAUGCUUCUGACGCUCGCUCGCCGCCUCCUGCACCCUCGCAGAUCCAAAACAACGUGGGCGAGACGGGCGUGCCGCGGUGGUCCUUGGUGCCGGGCCUCAAGCUGCGUGCGCUGCGAGUAGGUACGAGUGACUCGAUCAACAACAUGUCAGAGAACAAGACGGAAGUGAAGGCCCGCAUCAUUCCGGCCGAAAACGCGCCGGCUCUCAAGCCGGUCACCGAAGACGCGCCGGCCCUCGAGCCGGUCACCGCCGGCGGCUCGCCGCUGCCGUCGAUCAAGGAGUUUCCGGAGGAGGAGCCCGCCGCGGCGGCGAGCGCCUGGCCUUCUGCGCGCGCCGGCGGCGACGCCGACUGGAACGUCUCGACCAAGGAGUUUCCAGAGAAGGAGCCCGCCCCGUCGGUGAGCGCUUCCCACCACCUUUCUCCGCACACGCGGGGCAUCGACGAGUGGAAGACCCCCUCCCCGCUCCGCAAGAUCGAGCGCAAGGGCGAGUCCAACCUGGUCGACCGCUCCAACAAGACCACCAAGAUCCCCACCCCGAUCGGCCGCGUCGACUCCAACGGGUUCGCGGCGCUGCUCGGAACGGACGUCGACGAGGAAGACCUCGCUGGCGUCGGCUCCGCCGGCAAGGCGUCUGUCGACGACGCCCCGCCGUCGUCGACGACGCCCUCGACGCGCUCCGGCCUCCGCGUCGGCAAGUUCUGCUCGACCAAGCUGCUGUGCGGCUUCCUCACCGUGGUGGUCAUACUCGGCUGCUCGGCCGUUGCUCUGUCUUCGUACGGCUCUGGCGGCGUCUCCGAGUUCCUCGAGUCGGUGUUCGUGCCCGACGCGGCCGCGGUCGACCCGAUGCCCGAGCCCAACUCGGGGCUACUCUUCGCCUCGCCCGAUCGCCACCCAACCUUCGCGCCUCGCCCGACCCCGCCCGUGUCCAACCCGGUUGACGACCCAAACUGGCUCGUCGCUGCCUCGGGCUUCUGCUCCGACCUGUCCUCCACGCCGGUCGCGGGUGUCGCGAGCAUCGACUUCAAGUUCCACCCCGAGGUGUCGGUCGCCUUCACCGACGCCCCGUUCCACCAAGGCGGAGCAGGCGCGCUCGUACGCCUGCUGCAGCUGCCCCGAGUCGCCAAAGAGCGCGUCUCGCUGCGUCACAUUGAUGCUAUCCACCCAAAAGCACAGGUCGAGGGCGGCAAGCCAGAUUGGGCGGUCCUCCGGGUCCUCGCACGCACAGCCCCAGGCUGGGUGGUACACGGAGAGACUCAACGGCCAGGCGUCAUCGGUCUGAAGCACGUAGAAGAGGGCGCUAGUGUCAUCGAGAAAGGUGGGUGA